AUGCUGUUUGUAGCGAGCCGUUUUCAAAGGCCACCACCGGCUCUGCUUUUGAAAAGGCUCUUCCGAAGUCGCGAAUUCUCCAGCUCUCCAUGUUUACGACAAAUCGAAGACGUAGACAAGCUUCCAGAUCGCAUAUCUCCGCGGUAUGAAGAGUCGAAAGGCAGUGACCUACUGGCUCUGCGAUGGCCAACGCCGCCGCGAAACAUUCUCCUUGUCCGGAAGAAAGGGGCCCCAGCUGUAACCAAAUCGGUUAUGGAGUUUGCAAAUCAUAUCAAAUCUACCUACCCCUUGGUUUCUGUUGUACUCGAACGAGACACCGCGAACGAAAUCCAUGGGUCAUUAGGGUUCCCCGUAUAUACAAAUACGACGUCUACGGACAUGCCCCCUCGAAAAAUCGAUUUGGUGGUGACAUUGGGGGGAGACGGCACCAUUUUGCGCGCCUCGUCCUUCUUCGCGACAUCGAAGACGGUCCCACCUGUUCUUUCGUUCAGCAUGGGUACAUUGGGCUUUCUGGGGGAAUGGAAAUUUUCGGAAUAUAAAAAUGCUUUCCGAGAAGUGUACAUGUCGGGCUCGGCCCCAGGUUUGCAAUCGCGUGAGCCUGUGGCCUCAUCGGUACGCCCUGCGGAGGGGUCCUUGGAGGAUAUGGGGGCGGAAACACCAGCACGAAUUCUGGUGAGGAGUCGGAUACGAUUCGGUCUGUUCACGCGGGACAAAAAACCAGUGUACGGCAACGGAGUGGCCAUGUCGCCGUCGUCGUCAUCGGCUGAUAGCGACGAUGACCACGCCGGGGUGCAUGCGAUGAACGAGGUGGUGAUUCAUCGAGGCAAGCAGCCGCACCUUGCGAUUGUGGAAGUAUAUGUUGGCGGGCGAUUUCUCACAGAGGCGGUUGCGGACGGAAUGAUCAUUUCCACGCCCACGGGGAGCACGGCAUACAGCCUCAGCUCCGGCGGCAGUAUCAUCCACCCGCUGGUGCCGUCCCUGCUGCUGACGCCCAUCUGCCCGCGCAGCCUGAGUUUCCGGCCGCUGGUGAUCCCGUCGCGGACGCCGGUGACGCUGCGGCUGAGCGAGAAGAACCGGGGCGACGAGGUCGAGGUGAGCGUGGACGGCGUGGUGGUCAAGCACGGGCUGCGGGUUGGGAUGGAGAUUCAGGUCUGGGGAGAAGAUAUCGCGGUGGAGGACGGGGCGUGGCACGGGGGGAUCCCCUGUGUGAUGCGCAAGACGAUCGGCACAGGCGACGCCGCGGACGGAUGGGUUGGGGGCCUGAACGGGCUGCUGAAGUUCAACUAUCCGUUUGGGGCGGAGCCGUGA